AUUUUCAAAAACAACAAUCGAGAGGGCCUUUUCCACUGGUUACAGCAUUUAUGCGACAUGUUAAGUACGCUUCAAACAUACAAAUUAGACAUGCAAAUCCACGCUACUCCCCCGAGAAAGAUGCAAAAGUGAUCCUAUCAUUUCAGUGCCUUAAACUCACACCUGGAAAACUUCCCUAUAUACCUUGGCUUCCAUGUGCAGAGUGGCACUUCCAAGUCAGCCUUUUAUUUUGCAUUCAACGUACGUUGAUAUGUGGGUGACACUUCGAGGUCUCUUCUUAUGUUGCCUGCUGCUGCAGGUGACUGAUGGGGAACUGGACUUCACCUCCCGGGGAGAAGGACUACAUCUUCAGGGAGACUUCUCCAUUGCUGGACUCUUUCCUCUGCACGACACAAAUGGCCCAAGUGCUGGUUUGCCCGCUCUGGGUCCAUGCAAUGAAGGCCGCCACAACAAGCAUGGCUUCCACAUGAUGCAAGCCAUGCGUUUUGCGGUUGAGGAAAUCAACAACAAGACUGGCGCACACCAUCUCCUGCCAGGAGUCUCACUCGGGUACCGGUUGUACGACAUUUGCUCUGUUCCGGCCAGUGUGCUGGCCACCCUGGACAUCCUGGCCGAACAGUACCGCGGCUCUGCUGCCAACACAGAACCAGCCCUUGCCAACAUGACCGUGGCUGUCAUCGGACCCGACAGCAGCAGCAAAACCUUUACUCCUGCCGCUCUACUGGGGGCCUACCUUGUGCCACAGAUCUCUUAUGAAGCAUCAAACAAAAAGUUGAGCAACAAGGUCCUCUACCCGUCCUUUUUCCGCACCAUCCCCAGCGACAAGAAUCAGGUGGAGGCAAUCAUCCAACUGCUGGUUCGUUUCAACUGGACCUGGAUCGCACUGUUGGGCAGCGACAACGAUUACGGCCUGGAUGGCAUGCAGAGCCUGUCCCAGCGGGCCGCGGCGCACGGCAUCUGCGUGGCCUACCAGGGAAUCAUCCCGGCCUACAGCAGUGAGACGGUCGACCUGAUGAGGGGCAUGGUAGCGGGCAUACUGAGGGCAAAGGUCAACACCAUCGUGCUCUUCUCCAGUAAGUCCAAACUCAGCGGCUUUUUCCCAUUCGUUAUCGAGGCUAACGUGACCGGUAAGGUGUGGAUUGGCACGGAGGAUUGGUCGGCUGCCACGCGUGUCUCCGGAAUCCCCGGGAUCCACACCGUCGGAACUGUGCUCGGCGUGUUCAUCAAGCACGCGGCAAUAAGUGGCUUUUGGACAUUCGAGAGAAGCGUCCUGGAAGCUUCGCUGCGUCGCGGGGACGCCCAGGCGGGUUCGGGCGUCGCCGGCGGGGUUUGCCUGCACAGCACCGACCUUUUCAGCCUAGCCAGGAACAACUUCACUUUGGAGAAGUAUGACAUCACGUCGUCCUUUAACGUAUACAAGGCGGUGUACGCAAUUGCCCAUGCUCUCCAUCGACUUCUUCAAUGUGACACCGGACAGUGCCAAAAAAGGAGAGUGCAUCCUUGGCAGCUCCUGCCCGUGCUCAGAGACACGAGAUUCUCUCUGGAAAACACUUCUGUGUACUUUGAUGCAAACGGCGAUCCUCCCACUGGAUAUGAUAUAGUGACGUGGAUUUGGAGGGGGACGGAGUGGUCCCUUCGGGUGGUGGGCUCCUUCCAGCCAGAUCCCCUUCAGCUUACACUCGAUGAGGAGGCCAUCGAGUGGCACAGCACCGGGACGACGUCCAGAUCAGUGCCGUUGUCCAUUUGUUCUCCGCCAUGCCCGAAGGGCCACCGGAAGUUGAUGAGAGGGCAGCACACCUGCUGUUUCAACUGCCAGGCCUGUCCUGCUGGCAGCUUCCUCAACAUAACUGAAUCCACUCAGUGCCAUCCGUGCCCACGCGAGCAGUGGGCUCCUGCUAGCAGCGAGCAGUGUCAGGAUCGGAGGGUUCUGCUUCUGGCCUGGGACGCUCCCCUGGCUGUGGCGUUGCUUUUCUUCCUGGCUUGCUGCCUCCUCCUAACGUCCAGCUCGGCGGCCAUCUUCCUGCGCCACCUCCACACUCCCGUGGCCAAGUCUGCCGGGGGACGCACCUGCCUGCUGAUGCUGGCCGCCCUAACCGCCGCCGCCUUGAGCUCUCUGUGCCAUUUCGGCCCCCCAUCUCGCGUGUCCUGCAUCCUCAAGCAGCCAUUGUUCGCAUUCAGCUUCAGCGUGUGUCUGGCCUGCAUCACCAUGCGCUCCCUUCAGCUGGUCUGCAUUUUCAAGCUGGCCUCCAAGUUGCCGCCAGCCUACGACAAGUGGGCCAAAAAACAAGGGCCCGAGGUGACCAUUUUCAUCGUGUCGGCCAUCACUUUGCUCAUUUCCGUGACCCGCGUAGCCCUCGACUCACCUGAGCCGUCCCAGGAUGUGGACUUCUACAAGGAUAGGAUUGUCCUGGAGUGCAGCAGCACCCUGUCGUUCGGUGCAUGUGUAGAGCUGGCGUACAUGUCGCUCCUCAGCGUGGUCUGCUUCUCCUUCAGCUACAUGGGCAAAGACUUGCCGGCCAACUACAACGAGGCCAAGAGCGUCACCUUCAGUCUCAUGGUCUACCUCUUCUCCUGGAUCAGCUUCUUCACCGUCUACCUCAUCAGCAGAGGUCCUUUCACCAUGGCCGCGCACGUCUUUGCCAUACUCUUCAGCGUCCUGGCCGUCCUGGGGGGCUACUUCCUGCCCAAAAUGUACAUCAUCGUACUGAGGCCGCAAAUGAACACCACCACUCAUUUCCAGAACUGCAUUCAGAUAUACACCAUGAGCAAAGAGUGACCGCUAAGUGGGAUUCUCUCGUAUUUAGCUCACAAGGAGUGCUGGGAUAUAACAAACGGGUACAAAGUACAAAUACUUUGUGACUGUACAUGGAUUAAAAAAAACAACGACUAC